UUAAAGUUGACAAUAUGUUUCCAUGGGCGCUGACAUAUUGGAUUAAAACCUUUUUAACCUAAAGAAAAUUUAACAGCAGUAAAUUACCAAAAAGAUAAACAAAAUUUACAAGUUCGGUUAAUCCCCAAAUUGAAGAAUGGGUGAGCUUACUGUGACAGAAGGCCAGGCAUCAGAUUCAGAAACUACCCCCAAGCAAAUGCUGUCAAGGUUCUAUUCCUUACAAGAGGAGCGUGUUCAAACAUACCAGUUGUUUGAAGAAGGAUUCCAAGCCUAUUUGAAAGGGGCACCUAAUUACAACUUCCCACUUUUCCGACGUCUAGUCCACGAGAUUACAGAAACUUUCAACAAGAUCUCAGUCGACAUUCUUUUAAUAAAAAAAAAGUUCUCUGAACAAAAUAACCUACUUGGAAUAGCAGAUGUCAUUGGAAAAAUACAAGACAUUGAGAAGACAAAGAUAGAGCUGGUAGCCAAGCUGCAGCUAGUACGACAGAGGCAGAUUGAUGAACCUAGUGAGACGGUGGAGUCGGAAAAUGAGACCGUAAAAACGCGGCUGAAAGAAGUCCGAGAUCAGUUGGUGGACCUAAUGGAAGAGUUAAAAUACGAGUCAGAGGAUUUGUACGUAGGGGAGAGCAACCAUGAAGUCACCGAAUCCCCCGACUCGAGGAACGAGGUGGAGCGCUGAUUGUGACAUUUUACUGACUUUCUAAGGAAGCCUUGUGUAUAUUUUAUAGUUGGUUAUGAGAUUGAAAUACAGUUUUUUUUACUGCAAAAAGU